AUGGCCAGGGGUCUCUUUCUGGGGAAACCCCGUGCCCCACGGGAAACAGACAUUUCCAAUCCCAUCUUUAAGCAUACAGACGCAGCACCACGAAAUGACCUCAAGGCCUUGAAAAAUGGUAGCACAACACACCAUCGGCCGAUCAAGCAGGCCCAUUACGACACCCAGCGGCCCCGGACAUCAGUCGCAUGUCAACAGGACAGCAGGGUAGAGGUACCCGGGCCUGGGUUCGAUUUUCGCAUAGCGGUGCCUGCAGCUGAAGCGAUAAAAUCGCCGACAAACAGCGAAAAUGGCUCGGAAGAAAACAUGAUCGGGAUCGCUCUAGGUAGUCCCCGUUUGGUGGAUCCACAGAACACCUUUUCCCAGAUGCAAGAGAAAGCGCUGGAAUCUGCGCGCGAACGCCCCAAAGCAGCCCCGCAGAUCCAGCGCAAGCCGAGCAAGUGGAGGAAAAUCGGCGGCUUGUUCAAGGCGAAGAAUGCUGUUGCGUCGGGUGCAAGUCAGCCUUUUUACCAGGUCCAGGUUCAGGGUAGUCAGGCGCCUCUUGCGCAGGGCUCUUCGCAUUCCAUCGACUAUCAGAAUCGCGAGGCGAAAUCUAACCAUGUCAUGAAUACAGAGGCAUGGCCGUGUCUUGAGCCGGAGGUCAAGGCCGAAGAGAAGCAGCAAAAUAUCAGUGUCGCACAGGUGCAAGCUCAGGAUGGACAACAGCCUGCGGAGUCGAAAUCGGGACCUCUACUGCAGGUCGACAUCCCCAGUGUUGAGAUGGAACGAUACAGCGUCAUGUUCAGCGCUCUACUCAAGCAAAACGAGCCUUCCCCGUUGAACAGACGCAGCAGAACCCUGGAAAAUAUGAGCGCUCCCAACGCCGAGGUAAAUCAUUCAACAUCCCCUGCGAUAUACGUCACCUACCAAAUACUAAACCCACACCAGGCAUCACCGCCAUCGCCAGAUCUGCCCCCACCCCGACGAAGGGCCACCUCGCCUACACGCUCAAACUCCCCCAGACUCUCACUAUUCCCAGCAACACACAAGAGCAAAGCUUCCAAGGUGCUAGGCACACAAAGCCUCCCCCGGGGCCCCAGUCCCUUGCUCCGAAACCAAGUAUCCAGAGCAGAGUCACGACAGGAAGACUUGUCCAAUGAACAAGAUCACAUUCUCCUCAUGGUUCGCAGCGACGCAAGAAGCUUCCAUAAGCCCCAAGACUCAGUAUCCUCAUUCAUCUCAAGCACAACCAUCAACUCAGACGACGAAAAAUUCCUCCUGCAAAAGCUCAAGCCAGUCCAAACCUACGUCGACCCCAAAGGCGAGCCAGAAUGGGAGAUCAUCAACAAGCGGAAACAAUCCGCAGACGAAAUAAAAUCGCAGAAGUCAACCCCAGCGCUCUCGCUCAAUACGCAAGAACUACAGCCCGAGCCAGCGAACAGUGAGUCGACGGCAUCGUCUCCGAUCCUCUCACCUCUUGCCGCCGUCCAACAAAGAUUCUCUCCGUUAUCUCCGUCGGAUAGUAAUAAAUCUGCUGUCUCACCAGCAGAGACCAUCCGCAUGCCUCUCGCCAACGAAACCAAGACCGAAGAAGGCGACAAGACGACGGAUGAACAUGAGCCCGCAGAUCCCAGCCCGCAAGAGGAACCGGAGUCAGAAGCCGAACAGGAACACGACGAACAAGAACCAGAGCCGGCCGAUCCCCUCCCGACCAUCGAGAUCUCCAUCGCAAGAUCUGUCUCCGUCUCAAAGAGAAAGCAAGUCUUGGUCCCUGUGGGACGGCGGCCAGACCGUCUCCCCCCCCGGGCUAGAACCCCCCAAAUGGUGAAUGGGCAGCAUGGUCAUCGACAUGGCAAUUCUCAGGAUGCUCGUAUUGAAAGUGUAUGA